AUGAAAGAUGAAUUUAAUCAUAUAUUUUCAACAACAAGAACAUAAAAUCCAAGAAUGCUUGAUAAUUAAGGUUAAAUGAUUGUGGAUUCAAUAAAUUUAAAUUUUCUCUAUAUGAAUCAUUGUGUUAAAAAGAAAUAAGGCAAUUAAUAAUUAAUAAUAAAUAAAAUUGAUUCAUUAAGUAAAUAAAAAUUAGAUUAUUAAAUAAGAAAUAUUGAAUUGUUUGAAUUAUUAAUGAUUUUAAUAUAAAAAAAUAAUCAUUCUUAUUAAUAUUGGAUUCAAACAUAAAGUGUGACCAUAUAAUCGAAAUUAAAAAGGAUGAAAAGAAAAUAAUAUAAAUAUAAAAUUUUAGACUAGGAAAGAAAGAUAAAUACCUAAAGAAAAUAAAUAAGUAGAAAAUUCUGA